GCUCACCAGGCACGAUUACAAUAGAAAUCGCUCCGUGCCCGCUUAAAUAUAUAAACGCAAACUCAUUACCGAUCUUAUUCACCUCUUUACACUUAAAGGGGGGCUGGUUUACCAGUUUUCCACAUUACUAACCUGAAACAUGAAUUAGUAACGUCCGUGAAUGAAGAAGCGAACCUCCAUCUCCUCUCCCAAACUUGGGGAGGACGGGGAAGGGGCGCUUCUCACUUCCGCGUACGGAGAACGGUAUCUGUAUUGUUCUGUGGCUCUGAACACAAUGUCAGAGACCAAGGACUGGUCCAAGACCAAGGUUUAUCCAGACCAGUAUAUUCAAACAACAAGGAGAGCCAUGGAUAAUCUUGUGAAUGAUUUUCGAACAAAACUAAGGACACUGACAAACAUGGAAUUGACCAGAAUGAGACAAUACAAAGAAUUAGUGACCUUUAUUGAAUCGACUGCUGGGCCUGGCCUUAUAAUCACCGAAUCUGGGAAACGCCUUAAGUACUCAAAACUUCAAGCUGCUGGAGGAUGCGGCUUUUCAAAAAAAGAAGAUCAGAGGCAGCAGCUCAUGGAGGAGCCCUGGAAGUAAGUUUGGUUUCAGUCAACUGAUGUGACUUGACCACACCCACUUUGUGCCAGAAGCUGGCUCUGCCAAGGGAACAGAUCUGCCAAAAAACUGAGCAGCAGAGAUAAGCUGCACGUAAGACUGUUAACACCUCUGGAUUUACAGAUUUACAACAAAACAACCCAAACUGAGAGACUGCAUAAUGUCAACACACAGCCUCCUCACUUCAUUACCAGAGGAACACUUCCGAUGUUUGAUCUGUGUGGACCUCUUCACCGAACCGGUCACCACGCCUUGUGGUCAUAACGUCUGCAGGACCUGCCUCAGCCAGCAAUGGAGUGACAGCGAGUUUUAUCAGUGUCCAAAGUGUAACAAAAGAUUCCUUAUGAAGCUAGAGUUCUCCACAAAUGAAGUCAUUGCAGAAAUGUCAGUCCAAAUAAAGAGAAGAAAAACCGAGGCACUUGAAAGUGCCAACGCACCGUGGCACGUGAAAUGUGACGUGUGCACAGGUUUAAGAUUCAAGGCCUCCAAAUCAUGCCUGGUGUGUCUGGCGUCGUACUGCGACGGACACUUGGAGCCCCAUCAGCGGGUCCCUGCCUUGAUGAGACACAAGCUGGUGGAGCCAGUGGAGAAUCUGGAGGAGAAGGUUUGUGAGAAGCAUGCAAGGAUCCUGGAGUUUUUCUGCAGGAGGGAACAAGUGUGCAUCUGUCUGCUGUGCUGUGAAGCAGAACAUAGAGACCACGAGACGGUAUCUGUUGAAGAGGAGGGGGCUCUGCAGAAAGAAAGCAUUAAAUCCAGACAAGCAAAAAUCAACCUCAUGAUCAAUGAAAGAAUGGAAAAGAUUAACGAAUUUACAUAUUCAUCAGAAAUGAGACAAGUGAAAGUAGACAAGGAAACUGAUAAUGCUGAGAAGCUGUUCAGUAAUCUGACGGGUAGAGUGCAAGAGAUCCAAAGCAAACUGAAGUCAAACAUCGAUGAAAAACUGCAAAAAUCCAACGUGAAAGUCCAGGCAAUGAUUCAGGAGCUAGAAGAGGAGAUUGCAGCUCUGCAGAGGAAACAUGUGCAGCUAGAGGAACUUUCACAAAAUGAAGACCCCCUUCAACUUCUACAGACUUUGCAGACUUUGAGCAGCAUGUCAGAGACCAAUGACUGGUCCAAUACCAAGGUUUACUCAGAUCUCUGCAUUCAAACAACGAGGAGAGCCAUGGAUUAUCUAAUGACCAGUUUCCAAACCGAACUGAAAAUACUGACACACAUUGAACUGAACAGAAUCAGACAAUACAAAGAAUCUGUCAUUUUUGAUGACUCCACUGCUGGAGCUGGCCUCCUAGUAACAGAGAAUGGAACACGUCUGAAGUUCUCCAAACAAGCCAGGUCACCAUCUUAUGAAUCACAAAGGUUUGAAUUACCCAUGGUUUUUGGGAAGAAUGGCUUCAACUCUGGUCGCCACUACUGGGAGGUCCAGGUGGGCUUUAGAAACAACUGGCAUGUUGGUGUUGCCCUGGAAACAGUAAGCAGAUCAGAUAACGUAAUAGUGAAAAAAGACAAUGGCUUCUUUUCUAUGGGAAAGAAUGGGUUUGACUAUUAUCUUCAUUGUUCACCAUCGAGAGAACUUCAUCUCUGUACCAGACCGAGAAAUGUGGGGAUUUAUCUGGACUACGAGGAAGGACGGGUGUCAUUCUACAGCCUUAAUGAGAAGCUGCACAUUAACUCUUAUGUAGGGGAAAGUUUCACAGGAAAGCUUUUCCCUUACUUUUAUCUGUACAGCAAAGCAAAGAGAUCUGAAGCACUAUUAUUGACUCCUUGAUCUCAUUUGUCUUUUAUGAUCAAGCUAAAGUACAGCUGAAUAGAUUAUUGUAUGGUAAACUUUUACUAGAUCUUUGAAACCCAGAUAUAUGAAUUAUUCCUGCUGUUCAACUUAGCUUCUGGCCCAGACAAAAUGACUUCUGCAACUCCACCUUUUUUCCUCAUCAGACCAAGGGGACUGGAGUUCACACAGGACAUGUUGAGACACAUAAUUUUGAAAACCUUUGUAGUUUGAAAGUUCUGUUAUCAGAUUUAUGAUGUAAAUCUGCUUAAAUAUUUUUUUUUUUUGCUGCUUUUGUAUACGCUGGAAAAAAACAUUUUAUGCACUUAUUGUUUGUAAAUAGAUCUGCAAGUAACAGCCUUUUUUCUGUGGUUGCUUGUGAACAUAACAUCAAACUUACCCCUUGUUGUGAAGAAAAUGGAAAUACACCUUUGGACCAGGUCUGCUGAGAUUACCCUUGGUUUCAUGUAAGACAUGAUGGCUGAAGAAUGGGAUGUUGAUUACGAUUAACGUUCAUUUUCAGGACACUUUUCUUUGUGUGCCUUUGCACAAUGACCUCACUACUCUACCUAAGGACAUACAACUGGGAUUGACAUUAAUGGGAGAUCGAGGCCAUUUAUCUGGCCAAAUUAUGUCCUACUCAAUUGAUUCCAAGUAGUCCUUUGUGAUUGUGAUAUUACACACACUGAUAUUGAAAAGAUGAUUUUGGUUCAAUAUAUUGUGCAGCUGUAAUCUAAAGCAUUGAAAGCUGGUGGACAUGUAAAUUUAUGUCAAUUAUGUUUUUUUUUAUAUUCUUCAUGUUUAACAUAUAUUGAAAUUAAAGAGUUUCUUUUGUCCAGAUAAUUGUUGGUGAGAAUUUAGCAGUCUUGCUAGCUGAGGAAGGAAGCUGUCGCCAAUAUAACACUCAGAUGUUAGGUGUUUGAGUUUUUUCUGUUUAUGUUCUCUAGUUGUUGCUAUAUUAGUUUAUUUCUUGUUUACGUAUUUUUUAGUUCAUUCUUGUGUUCUUGUACAUUCUCCGUUUGAUUCUUCCCAGUGUUUCCGUGUAUCUCUCUUCAGCUUCUGUGUCUAUUGUUCUCUCUCAGCUCUCAGCCUUCAUUGGUCUCAGCCGUUCCUCGCUAUCACCUGAUUGCUCUCUCCUGCUUGCCAUGCCUUUCUCCUCAUUCCCCCUGUAUAUAAGCUCUCUGGCUUUCAUCUUGUCACUGGUUCCUUCUGCUGCUAGGCCUGUUGUUCCCAUUUUCCCCAUCUAAAUACCAUGUCCUGUUCUUUCCAUCCAGUGUGAUAAGUUUUGAUCUUUUUGUGAUCAAUAAAUUAUUGUUUCACUUCA